AUGGACGAGGAUUGUGCGACGCCGAAGCGGCGGGAGUGCCAGAUACCGGAGAUGCUUCUGUGUCCGCCGCCUCCGAAGAAGAAGGCGGUUGGGGAAACGCAGCGGGACCCGCCGAAGAAUGGUUACUUCCAGCCCCCUGAUCUCGAUGCUCUGUUUGCUCUGCCUCCUCGAACUCAAGCCUGUGCCUGA